CGGGGAAGGGUGGCGGGCGCGCGGGCGGCGGCGGCGGCUCGGGCGCGGCCGGGAUGCACCUUAGCGGGCGCCUUUCGUUGCAGCGCGCGGGCGGCCCGAGCCUCGGCGGCGGCGGCGGCGGAGGACACGGCGGCGGCGGCGGUGCUGACACCUCCCACCAUGGACAGCUUCGACUUAGCCCUGCUCCAGGAAUGGGACCUCGAGUCGCUGUGGGGCGAAGACAUCUUGAGCCAGAGGAAUGAUUCUCUAGUUCUGGAAUUUCAGUCAUCAGCCAGCAGAUGCAGGAGUGUCUAUGAACCAGAUAGGAGUGCGUUACGGAGGAAAGAACGAGAAAGAAGAAGCCAGGAAGCGCAGCAGGACAGUGGCGGCUUCAAUUCCAGUUACUCUCUCUUCAGUGAACCCUACAAGACUAACAAGGGGGAUGAACUCUCCAACAGGAUCCAGAAUACACUAGGAAAUUACGACGAAAUGAAAGACUUUUUAACCGACAGAUCCAACCAGAGUCACCUUGUCGGCGUCCCCAAGCCAGGCGUUCCUCAGACUCCCGUCAACAAGGGGGAUGAACAUUUCGUGGCUGAGUCAAGAGCGCAGCCCCAGCCCUCAUCUGUCUGUAGUACCGCAUCGUCUACACCCGCGGCCGUCCCCGUGCAGCAGAGUAAGAGGGGCACCAUGGGCUGGCAGAAGACCGGGCACCAACCAUCUGACGGCCAGCAGAGAGCAGCACCACAGGGCUCUCUCAGGACCUUGCUCGGCGACGGUGUCGGCAGACAGCAGACGCGGGCCAAGCAAGUGUGCAAUGUGGAUGCGGGGCUUCAGGCCCAGGAGAGGCCACCCGCAAUGGCAGCCAAGCACAGCAGCAGUGGGCACUGCGUUCAGAACUUUCCUCCGUCCUUGGCUUCAAAACCCAGCCUGGUCCAGCAGAAACCAACAGCGUACGUGCGGCCAAUGGACGGCCAAGACCAGGCUCCUGACGACUCUCCUAAGCUUAAGUCCUCCACAGAGACUGGCGGGCACUGUACGUCCUACCGAGGGGUCCCAGCCAACAAACCGGAGUCAACCAGAUCCAAGGCCAAGCUCGCUAAGUUCAGCAUCCCCAAGCAAACAGAGGAGAGUAGAUCUGGAGAAAGCAACAGCUGUGUGGAAGAAAUAAUUCGGGAGAUGACCUGGCUUCCUCCACUCUCUGCUAUUCAAGCUCCUGGCAAAGUGGAACCGAGCAAGUUUCCAUUCCCAAAUAAGGACUCUCAACUUGUAUCCUCCGGACACAAUAAUCCAAAGAAGGCUGAAGCGGAGCCAGAGAGCCCAGACAAUGGCACAUCGAAUACAUCGAUGCUAGAAGAUGACCUUAAGCUAAGUAGUGACGACGAAGAGAGUGAACAGCAGGCAGCCCAGAGAACAGCUCUCCGCGCCCUAUCUGACAGCUCCGCGGUCCAGCAGACCAACUGCAGAGGUUCCCUGCCUUCCAGCAAGGGCAGCGGCAGCAGCAGCGGCAGCAGCAGCAGCAGCAGCAGCUCCAGCGACUCGGAAAGCAGCUCUGGAUCCGACUCAGAGACCGAGAGCAGCUCCAGCGAGAGCGAGGGCAGCAAGCCUCCACACUGCUCCAGCCCCGAGGCGGAACCUGCGUCCUCUAACAAGUGGCAGCUGGAUAAAUGGCUAAACAAAGUUAAUCCUCACAAGCCGCCUAUUCUGAUCCAAAAUGAAAGCCAUGGCCCUGAGAGGAAUCAAUACUACACGCCAUUGAAAGAUGAAGGGCAGGACCGCGGGAAACUUCCCGAGAUCUGCCAAGCCAGCCUGAGAGACAAGGACCUCAAGGCUGCCUGCAAGGAGGAGCAGAGGCCUCGGACCGCGAACAAGGCCCCUGGCAGCAAGAGUGUAAAGCAGAAGUCCCCACCGGCCGCCGCCACUGUGGCUGUGACCUCAGCUGCCCUGCUGCCUGCUGCGCCCAGUGCACCCGCCGAGACCGCACCCACGCCCACCAGGAGGUCAGCAGGCAAGAAACCCACCCGGCGCACCGAGAGGCUCUCAGCUGGGGACAGUGCCAGCUGCCACCGGCCAGAGGAGCCCGUGGCCCAAGAUACACUGGGGGCUAGUGUGGUGGGACCCCCAGAGCCCCCCAAAACCAGACCCUGCGGUAACAGCAGGACGAGCCACCGCAAGGAGCUGCGCUCCUCCGUGACCUGUGAGAAAAGGCGCACGCGGGGGCUGAGCAGAAUUGCCCCUAAAUCCAAGGAAUUCAUUGAGACUGAAUCCUCGUCUUCAUCCUCCUCCUCUGACUCGGACCUGGAGUCGGAGCAAGAGGAGUACGUCCUGUCCAAGGCUCAGACCACCACCGGGAACGAGCAGCGACUGAAGGAGGCCGCCAGUAGCAACAGCAACAGCAGCGCCUCCAGGGCCCCCGUGGGCUCCAUCAACGCUAGGACCACCAGUGACAUUGCCAAGGAGCUAGAGGAACAGUUUUACACGCUGGUCCCCUUUGGCCGGAAUGAACUGCUCUCUCCGCUAAAGGACAGUGAUGAGGUCAGGUCUCUGUGGGUCAAAAUUGACCUGACCCUCCUGUCCCGGAUCCCAGAACACCUGUCCCAGGAGCCUGGGGUCUUGAGUGCUCCUGGAGCCAAGGACACUGAUAGUGCCCCGGCCAGCCAUGCGUUAGACAUGCCUGCUGAAAGGACCAUGCCAAAAUCCAAGAGGAAACGCAAGUGUGAUAACGAAGAUGACUACCGGGAGAUAAAGAAGGUCCAGGGAGAGAAGGACAGUACUUCACGUCUGGCCAUCUCCACUAGCAACACCUUGUCCGGGAGCCACUGCAACAUGAACUUCAACAGCUCGGCAAUACCGAUAAACAAAAGUGAAAGAACGCUCCGAUCCCCGUCCUCGCCGCUCUCUGACGCUUGCAAACACAAAUACUCCAGCGAGGACCUGACCUCUUCCAGCCGCCCUCAUGGCAAUGGGGUGUUGACUUCCGCCUCCUCCAACAAAAAGCCGAAGGCUGACAGCCAGCUGCAGUCACACCCUGGAGACCUCACGAAAGCAGCUCACAACAGUUCCGAAAACGGCAUCCUCCAUACCAAGUCACGGCCGCAGACUGAGCCAUGGUCUCCAGGUUCCAGUGGCCACAGGGACUGCAAGAGACAGAAACUGAUCUUCGAUGACAUGCCUCGUAGUGCAGAUUAUUUUAUGCAAGAAGCUAAACGGAUGAAGCAUAAAGCAGAUGCGAUGGUGGAGAAGUUUGGGAAAGCUUUGAACUAUGCCGAAGCAGCCUUGUCCUUCAUCGAGUGUGGGAAUGCAAUGGAGCAAGGCCCAAUGGAAUCCAAGUCUCCCUACACCAUGUACUCGGAGACGGUGGAGCUCAUCAGGUACGCUAUGAGACUAAAAACCCACUCAGGCCCCAACGCCACACCAGAGGACAAACAACUCGCCGCACUUUGUUACCGAUGCCUGGCUCUCCUAUACUGGCGGAUGUUUCGACUCAAAAGGGACCACGCUGUAAAGUAUUCGAAAGCACUUAUCGACUAUUUCAAGAAUUCAUCGAAAGCUGCCCAAGCCCCAUCCCCAUGGGGGUCCAGUGGCAAGAGCACUGGAAGCCUAUCCCCCAUCUCUCCCAACCCUUCUCCCCCCAGCUCCGUGGGGUCUCAGGGCAGCCUCUCCAGCUCCAGUGCCCUGUCCCCGUCAACCAUCGUCAGCAUCCCCCAGCGAAUUCACCAGAUGGCAGCCAAUCACGUCAGCAUCACCAACAGCAUCCUCCACAGCUAUGACUACUGGGAGAUGGCCGACGACCUGGCCAAGGAGAACAGAGAGUUCUUCAAUGACCUGGAUCUGCUCAUGGGACCUGUCACCUUGCACAGCACCAUGGAACACCUGGUCCAGUAUUCCCAGCAAGGCCUGCACUGGCUUCGGAGCAGCGCACACCUGUCCUAGGGACCUUGCCCUCGAGCCAGACCGCAUUUUUCCUCUCCUUGGUGGCCCAGUGUUCUUCUGGACUCUGUGUUGCUGACAUUCCUAGCCCACAGCUUCUCCCAAACUGUGGUGAACAUUUCCUCAGACUCCAACAGUGAUCUUUUUCUGGGGCGUGUGUGUUUAGGUGUGGGUUCGUACGAAGCUUUCUGUGUGUGUGUGUGUGUGUGUGUGUGUGUGUAAGAUCAACAGCUCUUCGAAACACAGUUUCUUUGUCUGGUUCCUAUAAUCCCAAGCUAGACAACUGAUUAGAGAUUCCUCACUGGAGGAAAUCCACGCAGCACAGGCGUGUCCACACUCCCACAGACACAUCCCACCCCCCACCCCACCCCCAGUGCUAAGCCAUUGCCUUCUUAGAAAGUUCCACCAAAAUCUCAUGUGUUGCUGAACCUGGUGUGAUCCAGCACGCAAAAAGCAUAACUGCCGGAUGCAUUGAACCUAGCUCUUAUAUUAUUGAUUACUUUCAGUAUUACAUACAAGUCCCCAAUUGCUUUCGGUUGUUGUAUAUUAAUGAGCAAUUGAAUAAUGGAAACAAGUCAGUUAUUUUUGUGCCGGAAGUUCGCUAGAUUGCAUGUAACCACACUGCCUUGCCCGUCCUCUCUCUCAUACCCUCGCCCAGCCCUCAUCACCUACUGAACGGAACACAUUAUAAGCCGCCAACGUCCCUUGCCUCGUCCCCACCUAGUGUGCAGAUGGCCCCAGGAUUCAGCGAAAGCUCAACAACCACAAAAGCAACGGUGACCAUUUUGGUUUGGAAAUCCAGUCCACCCCUGUGGCAGUAAACCCUCCAGGCACACGGGUUUCCUCUUCCUGCCACUGUGAGUCUGUGGCCCUAGAGCCACCUGGCUGUUGUCAGCCAACACAUUGCAAGUCUUUUCUUUCUGCAAUAGCUUCCUUGCAGCUUGUCUUGCCCAAAUGAAGACACUGUCUAGAACAUGCCAUCCCUGGGUCUGGCCGUCGCUGUCGAGUCUGGGAGCCGGUCACUGCUGGGGUGUCUGCACGCACAGUGUGGGCUGUGAGUGCAUUUUGGUUUGGGGAUAUUUCUCAAGCUUUCCUUAAGCUCCUCACACUGCAAGGGAAGUUACCCCUUUGACGACCAUAACUCUGUCUGGAGUAGCAAUGACCGGAGUGUCUUACAUAUAGCUUGAGCAUCCGGUGUGUUUAUGACUUGACCAUAGUUCUUUUCUGGAUUGUUUUUGGUUUGAGUUUUGUUUUGGUUUUGGUUUUUGCUUUUUUGACUUUAUGUUUUAGUUUUUCAGCAUCUUGUUUACAGUUUUUGUCUGUUUUUUUUUUCUUCUCAUAUUCUGUCAUACCCUAGAGACUUAGUCUUCUUGUUAAGUAUAUGUGGAUCUGAAAUAUUAGUAUAAAGAAACAAGUCCUACAAACGAGAUGCAUCUUGCCACACUUUAAAUACAAACUAAUGUCCUCGAGUAAUUGUCACCAGUGUGCCAUGUCAGCCAGAGGAGGAUAGGUAAGACCACCUCUGCAGUCCAAUGUUGAAGGUGGCAGGGUCCUAGAGCAUGUGUCCUGUGUUUCCACGGUCUCCCCGCGAGCUUGGUUAUGUUCGUAUUGGCAUUUUGUCAGCCUUCUCAGUCGGCAGCAAAUAAGACUGCUCUCAUUCCCCAGAUCGUAGUGCAGAUUCAGAACAGCUGACCAUGGUUUGGCGAUCCAUACCAGACUGAAAUUUGUGGGAUUUGCGUUCGGCUUUGACCCUCAGACUCUUGAAAUUUUCAGCAGUACGUUGACUUCAGAUGUUUUGGACCAGAAAUUUUUUUUUUUAAGAUAUUGAAUAUUUGUGAAUACAUAAUUAGGGGAAGAGGACUCAAGUCUAAAUAUGAAAAUCAUUUACAUUUCAUAUAUACCUUGUAUACAUGAAAGUAAUGUCUGCAGUAUCGAUUGUAAGCCAUCCCAUGAGGUCAGGUAUGGGAUUCAUCCCUCAACGUCAUGUCACUGCUCAAGAAGUUUUAGAUUUUGGGGCAGGUUAUGUUUCAGAGCCUUGAGAUGAGAGCACCCCACCCGAUCUCCACGUUUAUAUUUAUCCACACCGCGUGCUCCUUGUGUCCCCUUUCACUUAACUGUCGGCAGGUUUGUGAUCCUAUCCUAUGUUCCAAGUCUGAAUAUAAGAGAUUUUCAAUCACCUUUUGUGCAGGAGUGAGACUUUGUUCUGGUUGCUGUCGGUGAAUUCUGGUGUAAAGUUCAAAUUCUCACAUAGAGGAGGAAUACCCUCAGGGCCUCUCUGCAACCUUGGGGAGCUUUUCUGGUCCCAACUCCCUUAGUUGUAGCACCCCUGGAUCCACAUCCCUGGAAAAGCCCCAUCAGAUUGCAAAGGUGGCCUAUGGCUCGUUGCCACAGCACAGGUUUGAUGAACACACUGGGGCCUGUUUCCUGACAGAACUUGUGGAAACUGGUCUCCUGGAGAUGUAGUCAGGGCAUCCAGGUCCUGUCCGUGUCUCGCCUCAUCCAUGGAGCAUGUGUCAGGCCCAGUGUAGGUAAUUUUAGGAAGAAACCAUCUUCCACUUGAUGGGAUUCAAUGUUGACAGUUCUGGUAAGGAACCGUCUUCAGCUUGAUGCCAUGGAAGUCCUCCAUAGCAUGUUCCUUUCCUUAGGCUGGAUUGCAGGUUGAAGCAUCUUUCUUAUGUUUUAUGGCUAUAAAAGUCCUACAUGUUCAUUAUAGGAAUUCAAAUAAUGCUGAAAUGUAGAAGAUGUAAGUUGCCUCACCUGCCCCAAGAUGACCACAGUUUGGUGAUCUGUAUCCUUCCAGAAGUUUUUCCUUUUAAACAUGAAAUGUAUUACCACUUGUGUCCAUCUGAAGACAUCCCACCAAAGACCAACUGGUCUUAUGUCCUGUGACCUGAGUAGAUGCCACCCUUUGUCACAUGUUAGAAUUACCUUUGAAAGGGAGUAUAUAAGUAUUCCUGCACAGACUUCUGCAUUAGUUAGCACUCUGCACAGACGAAUGUCCUCUGCAAAUGUGCUAGAGAGAGGUUUGCUUCUGGAAACAUCCAAAUUGCAAAUGGAAACUUGAACCCACUCUAAAGAGGAGUGUCCUGAAAAUAUACGCUAAACAGUUGACAAACCAUGCUCUAGACUGAACACGUGGAAUGCAAUGCAAUGAGACAUUGUGCACUGGAAUGUUUAGCAGUGGUGUUUGUGCUGAUGUCAGUUAUGUACGUCUCUGACGCCCAUACAAAAUAGACACAGUUUGUAUAAAUGCAUACAUUUGAAAAUACAUAUGUACAGUACAGCUAACACAAAACCGUAGUGCGCCUGACAUAUUACUAGUGCCUAAUACCGAGUAUAAGUCACUGCGUGUCCACGUCACCUUGGAAGUGCAGUCAUUGUUAUAAAAUUAAUCAAUGCAGCGACAUUAUUUAUGAAUCACAUCUUUGAAACUGUGCAGUAGCAUACGCAUAUAUAUUUUUAAACGACAUUUUUCACAGUUUUCCAGAGUUACUGUUGAAAUCUGUAUCGCCAAAAAGAGAGAGAGAAUGCAAGGUGUUUUAUUAUUAUUAUUAUUAUUAUUUUUAUUUUUAAUGAUGUAGACACUCCAGACACAGUGAUCUGCGUGUGGUUUCCUAUUUGUAGAUAACCAAGAGACGUUAGCAGUCACCAGCCUUAAUGCAUGUACAGGAUACUAUUGUGACUUAAUUUAUCUGCAGUUUUUAAUCCAUUACAAAAUUGGAAUUUAUAAACAGACUUGGAUUGAGUAUGUCUGCCUUUCUAAGGUUGCAAACGAUACAUUAAAUGAUUUAUGUUGUA